AUGGCUUCCUCCAGAUCGAGCGAGAUUCUUUUUCUUGAUUUAUCAAAUGAAGACUUGAAGCCUGGGACUAGUACAUGGAUUGCUGCUUGCAAAGACAUUCGUGGUGCAGUCGAAGAGUGUGGUUGUUUUAUUGCAGUUUAUGAUAAAGUUCCUCUAGAAUUUAACAAUGAUGUAUAUGCAUCAGUUGAUGAGCUCUUCAAUCUCCCACCAGAAAUUAGAACCCAAAACACCAGUAAUAAGCCUUACCAUGGGUACUUUGGACAAUUUACCACUAUGCCUCUCUAUGAGUCCAUUGCUAUUGAAAACCCAUCUCUUGAAUGUGGUAACAAAUUUUUUUUAGAUCUCAUGUGGCCUGCCCGAAAUGAUCGGUUCAGGACUAGUGUCCAUUCAUUUGCGAAACUAGUAGUGGAAUUGGAGCAACAGGUGAUGAGAAUGAUCUUGGAAAGUUAUGGUAUAGAGAAGUACUAUGACUCUCAUCUUGAAUCAUCUGAAUACCUGCUGAGGUUCUUUAAAUACAGAAUUCCAGAGAUGAAUGAGACUGAUGUUGGUAUACCGGCUCACACGGACAAGAACAUGGUGUCCAUAAUUCAUCAGAAUCAUGUUGGUGGACUCCAGGUUAAGAACAAGGAUGGAAAAUGGGUUGAUUUAGAGCUCUCACCGUCCUCUUUUGUGUUCUUGGCAGCUGAAGGGUUACGGGCAUGGAGUAAUGACAGGAUAAAGCCUUGUGAACAUAAAGUCAUCAUGAAAUCAAGGGAAACCAGAUAUUCCAUCGGAGUAUUUUCGUUUAGCCGCGGAAUCACCAGCAUACCGGAGGAACUUGUCGAUGAUUUACAUCCUUUACGAUUCAAGCCAUUCAAUAUGUACGACUUCCUUCGUUUCCGUGAAUCAGAUGAGGGAAAGAAAGUGAAUGGCUCCAUCAAAGCAUUCUGUGGUGUUUGA